AUGCUGAUACUGAGAUCAGAGGAGGAAGCGGAAAUGGCAAGGCGCGGGCCAUUGGCUUCACAGGCUGAAUAUGACUGCACGACGCUGUGUAUACUUGCUGUGCCUUCUUACAUGUCUGCUUCUGACUUGCUGGGGUUUGUGGGUGAGGCGACAAUGGACGACGUUAGUCAUUUUCGCAUGAUUCGCACAGCGCGGGCAAACCGGUAUAUGGUGUUGAUGAAGUUCAGGAGCGGGAAGAAGGCGAGGGAAUGGCAGAAGGAGUGGAAUGGGAAAGUCUUUAACAGUAUGGAGCCAGAGACAUGCCAUGUGGUUUUUGUCAAGUCUGUCGAGAUCCAAGGUGUCGAUCCGGACGCACAAGGUUCAAACCCACCAGGACAGCAAGCUUCCUUACCUACGACUUCCGUACAGCGACCCGGUGUGUCUUCGACGUCGCCCCAGCCCAGCACUCUAGCUGCAGCGCCGCUCUCGACAAAACCUCUUGCCCCUCCCACGCCAUCGUUGAUCGAGCUACCCACAUGCCCCGUUUGCUUGGAACGAAUGGACGAAACCACAGGUCUCCUCACCAUUAUAUGCCAACAUGUCUUCCACUGCACCUGUCUCCAAAAGUGGAAGGGCAGUGGCUGCCCUGUAUGUCGCUACACACAAGACGACUUUCGCAAGACGAGCCAAGGCUUUCCGUUCGACGACGGAAACGUUGAAUGCAGCGUCUGCCACUCCGACGUCAACCUCUGGGUCUGCCUUAUCUGCGGCAAUGUCGGCUGCGGCCGGUAUGACGGCGCCCAUGCCUUUGCGCAUUACAGCCAGACUUCUCACGCCUUCGCCAUGGACCUCUCAACCCAGCGCGUCUGGGACUACAUUGGAGAUGCAUACGUGCACCGUAUUAUCCAGAGUAAAACGGACGGCAAGCUCGUCGAGCUCCCCGCAGCGGACAACAGCGCGCUCGACCCACCCGAUUGGACCGAUGCCGUGCCACGCGAGAAGUUAGAAAACAUGAGCGUUGAGUACACCCACCUACUCACCAGCCAGCUAGAAAGCCAACGCGCCUAUUUCGAAGGCAUACUCGAGCGCGCCGUCGAUAAAGCCUCCCAGGCCAGUACGGCCGCCACUUCUGCUCAAGAAGCCGCCGAUACGGCAACAGCCACCCUCCACAGCCUCGAGGCACAGCACCUCAAACUGACCUCCGAAGUCAUACCCAGUCUUGAACGCGACAAAGCCCGCGCCGAGAAACGGGCGGAGAAAUUCGAGACCAUGGCGAGGAAGAUGGAGCGUGAGUGGCGCGAGGAAAAGACAAUGAAUGAGAGUCUCAUGGCUCGCAUCGAGCACCUUACCAGUGAAGUUGAGGCGCUCAAGGCGAGUAAUCUUGACCUCGCGGAACAAAACCGUGACUUGACUUUCUUUAUUAGUGGAUCAGAGAAAUUGAAGAACCAAGGGGAUGAGGUUGUGCAGGGCACUGUUAGUGUUCCAGAUCCACCGAGUAGUUCAAAAAAGAAAGGGAAGGGGAGGAAAAGGUGA